GGCUUAUUCAAACUGGCAAAAGAGACAUGCAGCCUACUGGUUCUAUAGGUUAAAAGUGAUUGUUUUUGUUUUGAUGUCAUAAAAAUUCUAAGAGAAAAAUGUAACUUAGAUUAAGUUUAUCACGACAUUUACGACGUAGUACUGCAAUCAUGGUUGAACGCUGAAUGUAACUCAUAUUUUCAGACAAGGUCAGAAUACGAAAGUUUACAAACAUGUAUUCCAAAGAAGAAAUCGAGAGAAAACGUCAACAAGCUUUAGAGCGUAAAAAACAAAAUGCACCAGUGCCUAAUAAUUCUCCAAGUACAGGAUCUACAAAUGGCUUCAUGAGUAAUUUUACAAAUAAAAAUAGCAUAUCCUACACGAGCACUGCUGCAAAUCAGAAUGUUGCUCCAAACUUGAGUAAUAAAAAGCCUUACGGGUAUUCUCAAAAUAAAUCACAAAGUACAAUAAAACAGCAGUCUUCAGCAAAUCGUUACAAUCCAAUCUCCAGUACAACAACUAGAUUUUAUGGAAAUGUAGAGCGUUGUGAACUUACAUGUUCUAUGAUAAGUAGUAAUCGUUUUGUUGUUGAAAUGUCAAAGUAUAAUGAAGCAUUAGUGAACAAUCUAUUUAAAACAAUUCCCAGCAGACUUUAUGAUAUUAAAACAAAAUUAUGGAGUUUCAAUAUCAAUGAAUAUGAUAUGUUUCAUGAAAAAUUGAUUGGUCUUAAAUGUGCUGAAAUUACAUUUAAAGGAUUGCCAAGUUUUUUACUAACUACUUUCAAAAAUUUGUUGAAACAAGAAAACCAACCAAAGCCAGUUAUCGAUACAUCGAUAAUUGAUGACACAUUGAUGAAUUCACUGUAUCCAUUUCAAAAAGAAGGAAUAGAAUAUGGAAUAUCAAAGAAUGGAAAAUGUCUUAUAGCAGAUGAUAUGGGCCUUGGUAAAACCAGACAAGCGUUAGGUAUAGCACACUAUUAUAGAAGUGAUUGGCCUCUUUUAAUAGUAACUCCAUCUUCUGUUAGAUAUCAGUGGUCAGAAGCUGUGAUCGAAAAUUUAGAUUCUGUACCAUUACAUGCCAUACAGCAUCUUUCAAGUACUAAAGAUUACAUAGAAAGUAGUCAAAUUACAAUUCUAUCUUAUGAUUUACUUACAAGAAGAAUAGACGAAAUAGCAGCACGAAAAUAUGGUGUAAUACUCUGUGAUGAAUCACAUUACUUAAAAAGUGGAAAAACACAAAGGACCAAGGCAGUUCAACGACUAGCAACACAUGCUAAGCGUAUAAUUCUGUUAACUGGUACACCAGCCUUAUCACGUCCUAUAGAGUUGUUUCCACAAAUCAAGUUAUUAAUGCCAAAUUUCAUGAGUUAUCAAGAUUUUGGUAUGAGGUAUUGCUCUGGUGUGCAAACGAAUUAUGGUUGGGAUUUCAAUGGUUCAAGUAAUUUAAAAGAAUUAGAAAUCUUACUCAAAGCAUGUUGCUUGAUCAGAAGACUGAAAAGUGAUGUGAUGACUCAGUUACCAUCAAAGAUAAGGCAAAAAAUUAUUCUUGAUCCACAUAUGAUAAAGGCUGCAACCAAAGAGAUGGAAGCUGCUUCUAAGGAGAUGCAAAAGAAAAGUUUAACCGGUGCACAAAAACAUGGUGCACUUUUACAGUAUUAUAGUGAAUCGAGUAAAGCUAAAGAGAAAGCAGUUUGUAAUUACGUCACUGAUUUGAUUGAAAAUCAACAAAAAUUCUUAAUUUUUGCUCACCAUAAAAAUAUGAUGGAUGCUAUUUCUAAUCUCUUAACAUCGAAGAAAGUUUUGUUUAUCAGGAUUGAUGGAAAAACUCAUCCAGAGCAAAGGAAACAGUUUGUAGAUACAUUUCAACAAAAUGAAAACGUAUUGGUAGCAGUUCUAUCAAUAACAGCUGCUAAUGCAGGCAUAACGUUAACAGCAGCACAACUUGUUGUGUUUGCUGAAUUAUCAUGGAACCCGGGUAUUUUAUGUCAAGCAGAGGACAGAGUACACAGGAUUGGUCAGACGGAUAAUGUAGUGAUUCGGUAUUUGCUGGCAAAAGAUACGGCCGACGAUUACUUGUGGCCAAAAAUACAGAAGAAAAUCGAUGUGUUAAACGAAGUUGGGCUGGAUCAAAACUUUGAUUUGGACAAAGCAGACGUAACAAACCAAUUGCCAGAUAUGACAAAUCAAAAGAGCCUCGACGAUUUUGUGGAAUGUUCUGGUUCGAACACGGAAUCAUCAUUGAACACAUCACAAGUAGACGCAUCAGGAAAUGCUGAGUUACAGACAAGCUCAGAGAGCUUGAGAGAUUUACUCGACCUGGAUGACGAUGCCUUCAACGACAUCGAUUUAGAUAAUCUAGCAUAAGCCUCUUUCAAUGCGUAUUUUUGUUGACCUAAUUUAUAUUUAUAUUAAAUUUACAAAGUUUUUUUUA